AAUCUCACAUUUCCCAUGGAUCUGUUCAGAUCAGGAAGCGAUCUCUGUGUCCCAGAAUGCUCGGAGCAAAACAAACCAGAGCACAGUACCUGCAUUAAUCCUUACAUGUGGGAAUGCGAUUUGGGCUACGUCAAACUGCCCAAGGCCAAAGGAGAAAAGGGAUUUGAUUGCAUGCCACACUGCGUGCGCAGCUGCUCCAUCUAUGGCAAAUGCGUGGCGCCUAAUGUCUGUGAUUGUCUGCCCGGUUAUGAAGCCAUUUCAAUUGGUUACGAUGCAGAUAAUAACAUGACGCUUACACGGCUCAAAAAUAACAAUAAUUAAAACCCAAAAUUUUUAAAAAUAUUUUCUUUAAAAAUGUUAUCAAAUAUUAUUGUAUAAUCUGUCUAAGUGUAAGUUCUUAUCUCGCCUUUUUUUAAA